CUCCAGUGUUUGUUAGGCACAUGGGUCCGGAUGUAAAGGCUCAUUUCCUCCUUGUUAUACAUGUACUUGUUUUGUUCUUUCUUUUAAUUGCUAUCAUGUGACUUAUAUUUUCGCUUCACAUUUUAUCAUGUGAUUUUGAACCUGUCCUCUGGGUAUUUUCACACGGUGUGAUUUGCACCUACAAUGGCAGAGUUCAUGCAUUUGCCUUUACUUUUUUCGAUCCUGCUGAUGUUAUUCAGGUGCAGCAGUGGAAAAUACGAACCGAACUGGGACUCCAUUGACUCCAGACCAAUCCCACCGUGGUUCGACCAGGCCAAAGUUGGCAUCUUCAUACACUGGGGGGUGUUUUCUGUGCCCAGCUUCGGCAGCGAGUGGUUCUGGUGGUACUGGAGGAAGCAGCACUUGAAGCCCUAUGUAGACUUCAUGCAGAGGAAUUAUCCCCCAGACUUCACGUACCAGGAUUUUGCACCACAGUUUACUGCAGAGUUCUUUGAUGCCAAAGAAUGGACGGACAUCUUUGCUGCAUCAGGAGCAAAGUACAUCGUAUUAACCACUAAACACCAUGAAGGUUUCACCCUUUGGGGCUCAAAAACAUCCUGGAACUGGAAUUCAGUGGAUGUGGGACCUAAGCGAGACCUAGUGGGGGAGGUGGCCAGCGCCGUCCGAGCCCACAGUGACCUGCGUGUGGGACUCUAUCACUCUCUGUUUGAGUGGUUUCAUCCACUGUUUGAGCAGGAUGCUGCUAAUGUGUUCACAACCAACUACUUCCCCACCAGUAAAACCCUCCCUGAGCUUUAUGAGCUCAUUGUCAAAUACAAACCUGAGGUUCUGUGGUCUGAUGGAGAUGGAGACGCUCCAGACAAGUACUGGAACAGCACCGGCUUCUUAGCGUGGCUCUAUAAUGACAGCCCAGUACGAGACACGGUGGUGACUAAUGAUCGCUGGGGCUAUGGCUCCAUCUGCACCCACGGCGGAUUUUACACAUGUGCAGAUCGAUACCAGCCAGGACACCUGCUCAAACACAAAUGGGAGAACUGCAUGACCAUUGACAAAAAGUCCUGGGGUUACCGACGGAACGCUCAGCUGAGCGACUUCCUCCCCAUUGAACAGCUCGUGGCCACGCUGGUGGAAACUGUGUCCUGUGGAGGAAAUCUGCUGGUGAACGUCGGUCCCACCCACGAUGGACGGAUCGCGCCAAUCUUCGAGGAGCGUCUGAGGCAGAUGGGUCAGUGGCUCCAGGUCAACGGUGACGCCAUCUAUAACACCAGUGCAUGGCGUGCUCAGAACGACAGUAUCACCCCCAACAUAUGGUACACGGCUAAACCGCAGGAAAAGUCCAUCUUUGCCAUUUUACUUGAGUGGCCAAACGAUGGGUUUGUGAUUCUGAAUGAACCGGUGGUUAAACAUGGACAGACUCAGGUGUUGCUGGUGGGUCAUGGAUUGGUGCCAUGGGAGCCGCUCCAGCCCAGCGGACUGAGGGUGGUCCUGCCUCCGCUGUCCUUUAGACAGUUGCCGUGUUCCUGGGCCUGGACUCUGAAGAUGACAGGAGCCACAUAAAGGGAAACCAGACCAUAGAGAUGUUUAAUGAACACACUCACCCAGAAUACUGUACUGUAUCUGUCACAGGUCUGAGACUGAAGGCAAAUAAUGUCAUGUUUAGGACUAAAAAGGCUUUUUUUUUUUUGCAGGGAAUCAAGUGUAAACAUUUACAACAGACGUUGAGAAGUUCACAAUGAAGGACAAAUUCCAGUUUUAGGUUUAGUAUUUGUUUAAUUCAACCCUUUAUUCUUUUUCAUCAGGUAUUGUUGCAUUUGGUAGCUAAUCAAAUCAUUUUUCAGUAUCACCUUACAUACACAGUGGAAUUCCUAAUAUACAGAUGAAUAAUGAGCUGAUAAGAAACAACAAUGAUAAAGAAAAAAGAUUAAAAUGACAAAUACUUAGAAAAUAACUUAUGAUAGAAUAAAAACAUCAUAAAAGUAAGAAAAAAAGGGGUAAAAAAAGUCAUCAAUUAAAUGACUGAAUUAACCCAGAAAUGAGAGUAAAAUAGAAUAAAGCUUAAGCAGAAACACAAAAAUGCAUCUGUAGUCAUUGGUUUUGUGUGCUGGGGUGCACUUCUGUAUUUAGGAUCAGAAUAACAGUAACAGGGUUCAUGUUAUUUUCAUAACUUUACUGCCAUAGACACUAGAUUAAUGAAGGCAGAUUAAAUGGAAAUAAUCAAUAAAACUACAAUAAAAAAAAUCAGUGAUUAAAAUUAGGCCAGUGAUGUAAAUAUAAGGUAAACCGGAAUUAUUCAAAUCUAAGCCUAGACUUAAGUUUACAAUUUAAGAAUUCAACACUUCCAGCUGUUCUUAGCUCAGAGAAUAUAGACCAAACAACCGAUCAAUUAUUUGAGAAAAUAACUGACAGAUUAUUUGACAUAAACAAUAAUUAUUGGUUUCAUCUGCAUUGUAACUCCCAAGAAAAGUCAUGCUGGUGUGGUUUCCACAUGACCUGUGUAAUAAACAUUUAGUAAUAUGUUCCACUGAGGAGUUUUUUUCACUGCAUCACUGUUUAAUAACUAAUCAGUAACUCAUACUUGGCCUUCGUUAUAGCUGUGGUUUUAUGAUCAUUGUUUUGUAUAAGAGUCACUUUUACAGUCAGAUGAUUCAGAAAUGCUCAGAGCAGCUGGACCAGUCAUGUCCAAACUCUCCCAGAAACCCUGCUUUUCUGCACUUUUUAAAUGAUUUUUUUCAAUUCACGAGAUUUUUAUGGUGUUGCACUGACCUGAAGAAGUUUUAUAAGUUAAGAAUAAUUUUAAAUAAAAUCAAUGACGCACUCAA